AGAAGGGUAGCUUAUUCCUCUUCUGCAUAAAUUAACGUAAUAACUGGCUUAUAAUCACUUAUUUUGUCACUGAAAGGACAAUCAUUUUCAGUCAUUGGCAAUAUAAUUAUUGGCCUCCACAUAUUCGAAUGAACUGGAUUACAAACACAAAACACGUCCUUCAAGCAAAAAUGCCUAUGAGAUCAUCUUUCGGGAAGUGUGUGCGUGCAUUUGCGUAUGCGUAUGUGCAUGUGUGUGUGCGACAGAGAGAGAGAGAGAGAUGGAGAGAGAGAGAGAGAGAGAAAGAGAGAGAGAAAGAGCGAGAGAUAGAAAGAAAGAAGUCGCCUCCACCAGGUGCGCGCGAGCUUUGUUCACAGAGAAGAAAACAUAAAAAGAAGGGAAUAUAUCUGCCUGCCUGGGGGUGGGGGAUUUUCAAACGAAACGCUGAAGGGAGGUUUUCUGAUUCCUCUCGGCUUAAAAGGAAAAGGAAAUAGCCAAAGUGAUUUAUGUGGUGAGGUAUUCAGUUGGUUUUGAACACACACAGAGCUAGACGACCAAUGGUGUCUGAGAUGCAAGACAACACAAUACAGGAAUCUGUCCCUAAAACUAAUGGUGAAUGUUUGUGGCCACACGCUAUGUGAGAGCUGUGUGGAUAUGCUGUUUGUGCGUGGCUCGGGGACCUGUGUGCAGUGUGGCACGCCCCUGAGGAAGAGUAACUUCCACAUGCAGCUCUUCGAAGACCCAGCCGUCGACAAGGAGGUGGAGAUCCGCAAGAAGGUGCUCAAGGAGCGCUCUCAUGUCCCCGCCACCAUCCUGCUGGCCGAACACAAGGACCGGGCCGCCCAGCUGGAGACCCAGAUUGAGAAGCAGAAACAGGUGGUCAAAACCACCAUCUUCUCCACCGGCAUCCCUAUAAGUCAGACUGUGUCGUUGCAGCCGGUGGCCCGUAUAGAGGAGGUUCUGUACCGCUACCAGCCCAUCAUUAUCCACACCUACGGACCCACCGUGCCUGAGCUGGAGCAGCUGGGACGACUUGGGUAUCUGAACCCCAGGACAUAGCUGGAGAAUACAACUCAGGACUAGCGUGUCAUCAAGCCAUCCAGGAUGCCUUCAGUGGGCUCUUCCCUCCACUGGGCUGACACAGAAGCUCAGAAAUAUGAGGCUGUCAAUUAUCACAGGACUCAAAUGACCCUCCUGCUCUACAUUGUGGAGGGAGCCAUAGACUGUUGUGGACAGUGGACUAUGGUCUGAAGUCAGACCAGGAUGUACACUACCGUUCAAAAGUUUGGGGUCACUUAAAUGUCCUUGAUUUCGAUAGAAAAGCAAUGUUUUUGUCCAUUAAAAUAACAUAAAAUUGAUCAGAAAUACAGUGUAGACAUUGUUAAUGUUGUAAAUGGCUA